GUCUGAGGGCGCAGAGCCGCGCCGCACAGCGCACAGUUCACCCGGGGAGAGGAGCCACCUGUUAGAGACGGAGCAGCAGGAGCAGCAGAGUUUUCUUUGCUUAUACGCACUUGACUGGCCUCACACGGCGCCACAUCCCACUGUCUGGUGGGACCAUGUGGGUUCUGGAUAAGAUCCGCGGGUCGGUGGAGACCGGCAUGCUGCGACAGGGAGAGAACGGGGACAAGAAAGGCAUGGCCCCGGCUUACAGCAACGUCCUCACUCCAGACAAGAUCCCAGACUUCUUUAUUCCCCCGAAGCUGAUCAGCUGCCCCCCCGAGCCCGAGCUCCCUCACUUGAAACCCAAGGACGGGUUGCAGCCGUCCAGUUCAGAGCACACUAUCGGCAGCGGCAGGAAGAUCAGCAGCCCGAGGAGUCCUCGUCUGGUGGCCAAGAUCGCAGGAGACACCAAGAACUUGCUGAGAUCAGCAAACCGCCACAUCAUACAGAUAGAGAGCGCUGAUGACGUUGUGGCUGGAGACACCAAUGCAGACCCCCAGUCACAGACAGCUAUGUCCCUGCCUUACGUCCCCAAGACCCAUACAUCGUACGGCUUUGCCACCUUGAAGGAAAGCCCCCACACCCGCCGAAAAGAGUCUCUGUUUCACUGUGAGCUCACCAGUCCCAUCACCUCCCCGAACAUACAGAGGAAGACCCCGGGGAAAAGCAGUGACUCAGGAAACCACCUGAAUCCAGCCGACUUCAACACCUCUCACAUGAAUCCGUACCGUUACUUCAGCGGUGGGGAAAGUGAUACCUGCUCCUCGGCCGAGUCCUCACCCUUCAGCUCUCCUCUGCUCUCCCGCUCCGCGUCUCUGCUCAAGAUCUUCACCCACGAGACGCAGGCCAAGGUUGUGAAGGCCAAGCGGACGUUCGCUCGCCACAGCUCCCUCUCCACCGACGAGUGCAGCUCGGCCGAGCCCAGCCCCAACAUCCAGCGGCGGCUCCACGUCCCUUCCUUGCAUGGUGGCGCCGGAGCAUCCGACCACGGCCUCCAACAAGAGCACACCAUCAACCUGCACAAAGGCGGCACGGUGAGGAUCAUGGCCAACUAUGACUCCGGCACGUCGCGCCUGCUGAUCCGCGUCCUGGCGACGGGGAGUCUUUACGACAAGCACUUUGACAUCAAGAGCAUCAACUGCUGCGUGUCUGUCUACCUGAACCCGGGCAAGCUGCAGAAGCAGAGGAGCAACAUCAUCAAGAACAGCCGCAACCCGGUCUUCAACGAGGACUUCUUCUUCGACUCCAUCAGCUCGGUCCAGGUGAAGAACCUGUCGGUGAAAUUCAAGGUGGUGAACAAAGGCACCAGCCUCAAGAGGGACACGCUGCUGGGGGAGCGAGAGGUGGCGCUGACGAAGCUGCUGUCAGGACUUUAAAGCUGCAGGAGCUGGAGGUCGGAGGAGGCACACACCAAGGAUGCUGGCUGAAACUUAAAUUCGAUUUUUGCACUGGUUUCUUUACAAUCUGCUCUUUUUAUUCGGAUCGAUUUAAUCACUGGACAGAAAGGGAGAGGAAACAGGAAGAGGACAGAGAUUGUUAAAAGAGAGGCUCUGAGAUCUGAAGAAAUUGGAGUCUCUUGAUAACCGCGGUCCACAUGCAGGAUUUAUCGAGGUUGAUUUUUGCCUGGCUCCUUCUUUCAAACAUGAAAGCUCAUUAAAUCAUCUGGGCUCGACAGGUGAAUUCGACAGAUGAAAGUAGUUUUUUCCAGACAUGUCUCCCAGCCAACUUCUGUUAAAAGGUGGGACAACACCUGUGCAUCAGCCUGUGACAGUGUCCUCUCGUGCACUGGGUUCUCGAUGCGUGGCAUGGUUUUAUAACUGUAACUUGGCAUAAAUCCACAGCGGCACAGGACCAAUGGAGUCUACAUGUGUUCAGCACAAAGAUGCCAUUGUGAAUCAGCAUGAGCUUUGAAGUGGUACUACAUCCUGAUGUGCAAAUGAUCCUUUGAUCCCAGUAACCAUGGUCCACCUCCUGCGGGGGAGGGGGGGAGCAGAGCAGUCACGAUAAUCUAAUUCACACGCCCCCAAAAUGUAAUUAGAGUCCAAUUGAAAAUGCAAGCUGAAGAUUGCAUAAUGUGAUUAUUUCCCUACAUGCCAGCAUUGCGAGUAUUGUUUUCAUCCCUCUGUGUGUGUGUGGACGCAAUAACUUAACAAUGCAUGGAUGGAUUUUAGUUAUAUUUUGGAGAGAAUAUAACUUUGGAAGUUUUCUCAAGAUGACCCACUUUUGGAGCUAAUUGGUCGGCAAAAAUAUAGUUUGAAAUAGUAAACUACUUAUCUCCUCAUAUAACAGGGCUAUAGAGAGAACAUAAAGCUUAUAGCGGUCAGAAAACGAUUGUCCCUCAAUCUUGGAAAUGGGUAGAAAUAUUGACUUAUGAUGUAGGAUGGGAUGCAAGGACUGUCUCAUCUUAAUCAGCCACCAGUUAUGUCUUAUCUUCAUGUAGUGACUACAUGGAUCCACCGAGUCAAUGAAUGUGGAGAAAGGAGCGAAGGCGUUCGCACGGUUAAUCAAGUUCUUUCAUGUAAUCGACAAUGUAUAUUUCUCAUUGGUGAACUUUCUUGGACUUUAUGAAGGACCGCUACACAACAGACUUUCACCAAAUGUGUGCAACAACAUCUCCACUCUGGAUUCAGACUGGUCGACAUCACCUUAGUGCUGUGGCAGAUUCUAAACACCAGGAUUAGAGCAGACGGUCACACAUGUUUAAAUUUCCCUUUCCCUUCAAAUUAUCAUGUAAAAUUCUUCUCUCCAUCAUUUUAUUACACUAUUAUCUCAACUCUGUGGGCCACGACUUUGUGCUUUACUGCUUUUUGGUUCAUUCUGAUUGCAAUUGGACACACACACAAUUGGUCAAAUUUUUUACUGUGUAAUUAAAUUAAAUACAUCAUUCAUGUCACAUUUUAUGCAAACAGGCUCUUGCCUUAGUCACAGUGUUGGCAGUGGACAGAUACAGUGCUUGUGUGCAUGCACAUGUAAUAAAUGUCACAUAAAAGAAGAAUAGCGCACUGUACUGCAAAGAACCAGUUGCAUGGCACAUGCACAUGUCAAUAAAACACUGGUGUUUGCAUGACGUUCUCGAAGUUUAAUGAAACCCUAAAGCCUUACCGUAUCUGUAUGUGUGUAUGAGUGAGUGAUGAAGAGGUAUAGUGUGUGUUUAGCAUGACAUUUUGUCCAAAGUUGUUUGGUUAAUUUUCUAUGUCGUAUUUUGUAAAAAUGUAAAGAUGUGUGUUGGAUUUGUACUGAAUAUAACUACAUACGUGCUGGUUUCUUCUAUUGUCGGUGAAGUGCCAAUAAUGCACUAAAGUGAGUGAGAAGUGCUGAGGAGAGGCUUUUGAAUCAUGUGUGUUUCAACUCUGAUGAAGCCGACCGGACCGAGUAGAAACGUCAAGAAAGACGCACAGAAAAAACAAGCCUGUUGGUACACUUCACAGCUGACACUCCACUUCCCAGGGUUCUCAGACAGACGCCUGCAGAGUUUCAAGUUGACGGCAGGAGCGUCUGUCGAGAAACCAGAAGCACAGGCUGACUGAUAUAAAGAGCUUUCAGGAUUUGUUUGCAGAAUUGCAGGUGAUUACAGCCUCAAGUGCUCGGCAGAGGGAGAGAAGGAAUCCGUGACAUCAGACUGAGGAUUCCCACACACUGGCCCAAAGCUUCAGUUCAAAUCCUGGGAGGCUUGACUCUCACAUAGUGUUUGUAGCACACUUGUAGCACUGCUGUUGAUACGCUCUAUUGUACCAUUUCUAUACAGUGACACUGUUGCUCUGCUUCGUGUGAAACUCGUUGGAAUCCCUGUUGCAAACAUACAGUGCCUGCACGUUUACAGUUGUUGUAUUUUGUACUUAAACAUCCUGAACUGUAUUCACCCCUCUUGUUAUCAAACCUUUGCUUUAUUCUCGCAUGACCUCAGUAGUGUCAGUACUAAAUUCCAGUGGGUUCUUAUUGUGCUGUGGUGGGUCGCCUUGUUCUCUGACUCUAGGUGGGGAUAAAACAAUGAUACACUGAGAAUAUGGAUAACAUGUGCUUGAGUUUUGUUUUUACAACUAAAUGCUUUGACUGUUUUUUUGUGGCUUUUUUUUUAAUAUACAUUGAAAUACAGAGCAGAAUAAAACAAAGUAAAAACAGAUUUGAGCAAAACAACCUUAUCAAUAUACAUAUCUGAAGAAUAUCUUUCAUAGCUUAAAGAAAAAUGUCAAAAUAUAAUACUUAAACUUGACAGGAGAGGAAACAAUUGAAAUAAUUUUGUCAUAAUGUUCCAUGACUGCUCUGACAUAAAACCGAAGACACUAAAAAUGAAAAUGUGGAAUUCACAUUUGACUUGUGAUAAAUAUAUCAGCACAAAGACGCGUCUUCUUUUUGCUGAUAUAAACCGAGGAUUUAUUAAAUGGAUUUGUGCACCUUCUGUUGCUCUUGUGAUCGAUGCUGAGCUGAGCUGCAGGCUUAUUCCUAACAGAAACAUACUGGAUCAUGUUUGAUAAGCUCUGAUGAGCCCACAUGUUUUUAAAUUUUUUUUUUUACGAUUAUAUGUAUACAUGACAUAACAAACAAUAUAUAAGGUUUGUUUAUAAGGAACUGUCAUGAUUCAUCCUCUGAGGACCAUGAAUAUGCACCAGAUGUGACAACAGCAUAUUUUCCUCUGGAAAAAAGUUAAGUAAUGCCUUUUUAGUGAGGUCAUUUUAGAUUCUAACCUUUAUUUAAUCGACAGAGCUAUUACCAAAAUAGCUGCUUGAUUAGCGUCAGCGAGGAGAAGCUUGAUUGAAGGCAUUUAAAUUGAGUAUUAAGUAAAGCGUUAAUGUCCGUGUUUGAAAGAGAGAGUACUGAUCAGUUUGAUGUCGUGUUUUUAUAUAUAAAUAUACUGUUUAUAAACUGAAGUGUCUCUGAAGUCUUCCUGUCUUGACAGGUUCUCUCUGAAAAAUGAAGCUGCAAAGUGCCGGUCCAUUACUUGACAUUGAAAUCUCUAAUCUCUGUUGAGGCUGAUUUACAUGUGCUGUUGCUGUUCUUGUUUUUCUGGCUCUUUUUAUUCUGUGAUGCUUUACAGCCACUGACAGCUGCUCUGUGGUUACUGUGUUAAUGGGUGUGAAAUACUUACGUUAAUUCAAUAAUUAAAAGAAAAAGUUCCCCAGCA